AUGUACAAAAGAUUAGAUCCGUUGAACCAUGAUGUUACCGAUGAGUUCGUUCGAGGGCUGAGAUCAUUUUUCUACUUUGCACAAAAAGAUGAGAAGUCGGAAGCUAUCUUGUGUCCAUGUUCUCGAUGUAAGAACAAGAAGCGUCGAGAUGCAAACACCGUGAGGCAUCACUUGUACGCUAAGGGUUUCACGGAUAACUACUACUUGUGGACGUCGCACGGAGAAACUGUUGCCGGGGAAGGUUCAACGAGUGCUGCACUACCGGAAGCUGGUUCUAAACGGUACUUGGAGAUGUUGGCAGUGGCAAAAGGACCUCUCUACGAGGGAUGUAAAGAAGGUUUAUCUCCUUUGUCUAUGAUAAUUGAACUUUGGGAUAUAAAGACAACGUAUGAUCUUUCGGAGGAUUGCGUGGAAGCAAUGUUGGAACUGAUGAACGAGUAUCUGCCACAAGGUCAUAAAGCUCCAAAAUCAUUAUAUGAGGCGGAGAUAUUGAUCAAGUUAUUUGGAAUGCCACCAAAUUGA